AAUCACACAGAAAUGCAGAACUGAACAGCAAACAACAGAAGAACAGCAGCAAUCGUACGCCAAAUAUUCGCAGCAGACUGGGCCCUUAGCGGUUGACGAGCAGCAAGAAACCGCUAGUGCUGUCAGCUACUGGAGACUAGCGGAAUUCGAUACUGCAUCCAGCGAUAACCGAUCUCGCGCUACUAGGCUAGUGACGAGCUCGCGGGAAAGCGAAACUAUGCCGCUCAGGAGGCUUGAUAUGCAGAGGCUUAUAAUGUCUCACAGAGCAUCUCAUUCUCGGCGGCCCGUUUACCAAGAUGGUUCAGACUCCGAGGCGUUUCAAGCCUGUCUCGCUAGCCUCAUUAAGCAUGGCACGCGAAGUACUCGCGUUACUACUAGUAGCAGUGGUAGCGGUGCCUCUUCUAUCUGUCGCCUCUCCACGUGCCUUGCGCGAGCAAGACCAUCUGCAGGAGCAGAAGAGCCAUGAGUUGGUGUUUAAGAAUUCGCAAGACCGCUCGCAAGGGCAGAGGAGCCAUCAUGAUGUGGUAUCCUCCAAACGGGCUUUAAUGCGACGGCGAGGCCUCAGCGGUCUGCCUCUCCUUCCCUCGCUUAAAGCCUUCCUGGCGCUCCUAGAGGGACGUUCCUCCCCUCCUCCUCCCCUCUCCCCCUCCGUCAAACGGCCUCCUCCGCCCUCUCCAUCCCCUCCCCGGCCCCAAUCUCCCGCCGUCCGCACCCCCCCUUACCCUCCUCCACCUUCCCCGCCUUCCCCGCCUUCCCCGCCUUCCCCGCCUCCUCCGCUACCCCCUAAUCCUCCCCCGCAUUCCCCGCCUUCCCCACCUCCGCCUUCCCCCCCCUCCCUCACGUUUUCCUCCGCGGAUUUCAUCGUCCAGCCCAGGCGGAGGGGCGACCCCUUCUUCACCGCCACUCUUGCGCCUCUCGGCCCUUCCUCCGCCCCUGCCCCUUCCCCUUCCGCCUCCGCGUCCGCCUCCGCGCCUGCGCCGGAUAUGGAUUCCGCCCUCGGUGCGUUUUUGCCCACUGAAGACCCGGACAAUUUCUCGCCUGGGGGGCCGAACCUCACCAAUCCCAACCCUCCCGGUUCCGGUUCCCAAGGCAACGGCGGAGGUUCGGAUGGAGGAACUGGAACUUCCGAACCUGAAACACCCCCUCCUCCUCCUCCGAUGAAAAGGUCCCCAGGCUCGGUGGAACUGACGUACGGUGGCGGGCCGGUGAAGCACGAGCCUAUUAACGCGUAUCUACUGUACUAUGGCGAGUGGGAGUCUCCCUCGUUCACUAUAGAGAAUUUCAUCAAUUCUCUGAGCCUCGACCCGGACACUUCAGCGGGUUAUGGCGAAGCCGACGGCUAUGCUGGCUGGGCUACUGAGGAACCAGCAGGGGAAGAGGAGGUGUCUUCUGGGCAGGUGGCGUCUGUGCGGGAUUGGUGGAAGGUGGUGGGUCGGUACACGGGACGGGACGAGAGCAACCCUCGGCUCAUCGUGAACGUGACUGAUCAGGUGAUUCUGGCCGGCUCAGGCAGGGACAACUACUCUGCGGGAAGUGAUCUGACCGGCUGUGAAGCCUCGGUUGAAACAGUUAUGAGCAACGCUCUGAACGACGGAGCCAUGCUGCCAGUGGACGACAUGGCCAUCUACUUCAUCCUCGCAUCCCCCGACGUCGCGCUAGCAGCGCCGUACGAGAACACCUACAUGUGCGACGACUGGUGCUACCUGCGGCAGCAAGUGAACUUCACAGCGUGGGAUGGCUCCACCAACAGCAUCCGAUAUGUUGUCAUUGGCGAUGCCAGCCAGUGCCCAGAGAAAUGUGCACACCUCUUCGGCCACCCGAGCUCUCCAAAUGGCAACAUUUACGAGGAUGCUGCGGUGAAUGUAAUCGCUAGGGAGCUUGCGAGCUUUGCCACCAACCCGGGGGGUGAUGGGUGGACAUACUAUGCUAAUGGCAAGUCAUCUGCGCCACUGGAGAACAAGGAUGUUUGUGAAAACGAGUGGGGGGCUUUGGUCGAAACUGAUGAUUACAACUACAACCUGGCUGGUAUUGCAAGCGUGAUGUACACUGUACAGACUAUUUGGGACCCGACAACAGAAGCGUGUGUAUUAGUAGGAUGACAAGCCAUGAUUGCGAUGUCUGUUGUGCCAUAGCGAUAUUAGUAUGGACAUUCUUGAUUGGUUACAAUGAAAAGAAGGUUCUAGUCAACCAGGCUGUGCAAAGAGUGGGGAGAUAAGAAAGAGAUAUUGUUUGGUUUUGCAUGAGUCUUUUUGUACAAUUUUACUCCCAUCCAAUUAAUAGUGAAAACGUGU